CUCAACCUCCGGCGACCUCUCCUCCCUCUCUAACACCUCCUCCAUUCUCCAUCCUCUCUCUCACCCCUUGCAUGCCUCAGAGACCUGACGCGCUGUCCGGCCAUUAUUGAGGCAUUGACCUUGAUCGCGUCCGGGCUCGUUGGCCGCGGCAAGCAAUGGAUAGGAUCCCCGUCGCGCCGCUCAAGUCCAGCAGCUUCUCGGCGGCCACCGCCCGGGAGGACAAGCUCGCCCGCAACCUCUCGCUGGGCCCCAUCAAGCUCAACGAGCACAUCAAGGAGGCGCGCCAGGAGAAGGCCGACAAUGCCGGCGCGGACGCGGGCGGCGGCGAGGCCGUGGCCGACGCCGUGCCGGAGGAGGCCAGCGAGCCGGACUUGGCCACGCUGUCGGCGGAGAUCGACGCGUUCCUCGCCGCCCUCAGGGACGGCGAGGCGCCUCCGGCCGUGUCCGAGGUGACGCUGGACAAGUUCGCGAACGCCGUCGAGCAGGAGAUGGCGCCGUUGGAGGGGACCGAGGACAAGUGGGUGCCCGAGGCUCCCGGCGAGGCGCCGCCGCUCCUCGCCACGAUCAAGCGCAUUGCGGCGCUCUCGUCGGCGCUCGCCGCGAGCCAGGCGGAGGGCGGCGGCACCUACACCAUCGGGCUGCACCGCGUCACGGGCGUGCUCCACCGCGCCAUGACGUUCGUGGAGGACGAGUUCCACGCGCUGCUCGAGGACCCCCGCGUCGCCAAGGUGGCGCCCGGCGGCGGCGGCGACACCGGCAGCGCCACGGGCAGGUCGAUGAAGCGGCCACCGUCGUUCGGGCACGGCGCGGAGCCCGACCGCUGCGUGAUCCCCUCGGACGGGGGCAGCGGGGAGGCCUCGCCGCCGUUCCCGCCGGAAACCGUGGACCGGCUGCGCGCCAUGGCGGAGGCCAUGUUCGCCGCCGGGUACGAGACGGAGUGCACGGAGGUGUUCCUGGUGGCUCGCCGGAACGCGCUGGACGCGUCGCUGCAGAGCCUCGGGUACGAGAAGGCGAGCAUCGACGACGUGGUGAAGAUGCCGUGGGAGGCGCAGGAGUCGGAGAUCGCCACGUGGAUCAAGGCGUUCCGGCACGCCGUCGAGGCGGACCUCCCCGGCGAGCGCGACCUGUGCGCCCGCGUCUUCGCCAGCGCCGACGGCCUCGCCCGCAGCAUCUUCGCCGACCUCGCGCGCGGCGCCAUGCUGCACAUGCUCAGCUUCACGGAGGCCGUCGUCCUGAUGAAGCGCGCCGCGGAGAAGCUCUUCAAGGUGCUCGACAUGUACGAGGCCAUCCGCGACGUGGCCCCCGUCGUGGACGCGUUCGUCGCCGAGGCCUCCGCCGGAGACAACGACGGCGGCAGCGCGGCAGCCGCCAUGAUGGCCGACCUGAAGUACGAGCUGGCCUCCGUGCGCGCCCGCCUGGGCGAGUCGGCGGCGGCCAUCUUCUGCGACCUAGAGAGCUCGAUCCGCGCGGACGCCGGAAAGCAGCCGGUCCCCGGCGGCGCGGUGCACCCGCUGACCCGGUACCUGAUGAACUACCUCAAGUUCACGUGCUACUACAAGGGCACCCUGGAGCAGGUGUUCCAGGAGUACCGGCGCCCCGACGACGACGAGCACGAGGGCGGAGCCGGCGCCGGCGACCCGUUCGCGGCGCAGCUGAUGGAGCUGCUGGAGCUGCUGCACGGGAACCUGGAGGCCAAGUCGCGGCUGUACAAGGACCCGUCGCUGAGCAGCAUCUUCCUGAUGAACAACGGGCGGUACAUGCUGCAGAAGAUCCGGGGGUCGCCGGAGAUCAACGCCGUCGUCGGCGAGGCGUGGUCCCGGAAGCGGUCGACGGACCUGCGGCAGUACCACAAGAACUACCAGCGGGAGACGUGGAGCCGCGUGCUGAACCUGCUCCGGGACGACGGCGUGAUCACCGUCAAGGGCCACGUGCAGAAGCAGGUGCUCAAGGACAGGUUCAAGCAUUUCAACGCCGCCAUGGACGAGAUCCAGCGGACGCAGGGGGCCUGGGUCGUCAGCGACGAGCAGCUGCAGUCGGAGCUCAGGGUCUCCAUCGCCGCCGUCAUCGUGCCGGCGUACCGGUCCUUCCUGGGGCGCUUCUCGCAGCACUUCAGCGCGGGGAGGCAGACGGAGAAGUACAUCAAGCUCAGCGGGGAGGACCUGGAGGCCAUCAUCGAGGAGCUCUUCGACGGAAACGCCGUCUCCAUGCCCAGGAGAAGGACGUAAUAUACACUAGUAAGGCCCCGUGCAUGACUAAUUACAUACUUUGAUUUAAGCAAUUAUUAUCAUAACUGUAUUUUAUUUUCUGUUUUUUUCUUAAUUUCGAUCGUUCAUCAGAGUUUUGGUCGAACGGUACAGAUGAUGUUGUAAUCCUAUACUUAAACUCACACUGCGUUAUUGCUCUUGCUCAAUCACGGCAGAUAGAUGUGUAUUGGUUGAUUAAUUGAUACAGUGUAUUACCUGUUCAUAUAUUUAUAUAUCAACAUUCUUUUUUC